CGUCAAUGUACCAGUAAAAUAUUCCUUGUGAAUCAAUAACAUGGUUUAUGCAGCAUGCUUUUGAUCUCGACCUUACUCUGUUGAAUGACGAUAAUCAAGGUUCCCAUCCACUUUGCUCCCAAGAUGGCGAAAUAAUAUGCGAAGAGCAGGGCAAAGGAGCUCUUUUUUCAAUUGCUGGAGUCUUAGGAGGGGAAAGGACAGCACACCUCCCGAGCCCACGGGAUAUGGCUCGAGUGCAACGCCCGCUCGCCCGUCCAAUUACAAUGAGCCGAGCACCUCACUGUCAUCUCAUGAUUUCAUUCAGAGCUCUGACCGGCUCAGGCUGUCCAAACAACACGCGCUACAUACUCAUACUCACCACCGCGUCCACCACCAUUCGUCGGCGGAUACGACCCUCAGAAUCUUGCUCCCGGUCCGUUGCCACGGCCUUCAGCAAUGUCCAUGCCCAUGCCAGCUGCCUCACUCACGAUCCAGUAUUCGCUCAAUCAGCCUCGAACCUCUAGUUUCAGCCUCUAGUUUCCUGGACGCGCCAGUACAAACGGUGCCUAGACC